AUGCGUUUGCUCAAUCUUUUCCUCCUGGCCACUGGAGUUUCGGCCGUUGCCGCCCACCAAGAGGAAAACAACCGCUGUGAGAGGUGGUGUAUAACGACCUUUGGCCAUCUUAGUGCAGGAUGCAUUGCACUCGCCGCCAGGGGUAAAGGGCCUUGCUAUGAAUGCGGACCUGCGGCGCGGCAGCCCUCGUCUAAGAUAUUAUGCAACAAGAACUGUGUUGCAGUUGGUAACCAAAAUUGCGGUGGCUGUGGGAUAACUUGUGGAAGGGGAAAAACCUGCCAAGGCGGACGAUGUUGCGGAACGGGGAAGACUUGCCAGGGCGGUAAAUGUAUCUGUCCCGCUGGAUCAAUCAAUUGCUCUGGAACUUGCAAGAAUAUAUGGAAGGAUAACGCAAACUGCGGUGCUUGUGGCAAGGGAUGCGAUAAUGGAAAGACCUGUGAGCGUGGUCGUUGUGUAUGCUCCGCUGGAUCGACCAAUUGCUCUGGAAAUUGCAAGAACCUAAAGAGUGAUAACUCCAAUUGUGGUGCCUGCGGAAAAGCAGUAUGUACCUUAUAUGUGUUUGUGCUGCUGGGCAAACAUGCCAGGGUGGCCAAUGUGUCUGUCCAUCUGGCUCGAUUCUUUGCGCUGGAUCUUGCAAGAACUUGCAGAAUGAUAAUGCCAACUGUGGCGCUUGUGGAAUUGCUUGUGCCGGUGGACAGACGUGUCAGGCCGGGAAAUGCGUAUGUCCUGUUGGGACUACUCUUUGCGCCGGAACUUGCAAGGACACCCAAAGCGAUAUUUACAACUGCGGCUCUUGUGGUUUAUCUUGCGGUGGUGGCCAUGUAUGCCAGGCCGGAAAAUGCCAAUGUACUCCAUCCGGUGGUCAGUGUGACUUGGGCAACCCUGGUGCUUGCUGCAGCCAAACCUGCACGAAUUUCCACCCCCCAGCGGCCCCUGUCUGUUAUUAGAAAGCGAAAUAUCAGAAUAGAGCAGAUAAAUCCUUUAUAA